GGAGGCGGCCUAGUCUAAAGAGACAGGCAGGAACUGGUAGAUUGAGUGGUGGAAGAAAACAUUCUAAAUAUUGGUAGAAAUCUCGAGCAAAACAGCGCAUUUCAGUAGUAAGCCUCGCAAUUAUCAGACAUGGGGCAGGAAGAUAUGAUGAGUACGGCUGAAGACGUGGCGGAUCAGUUCCUGCGGGUGACCAAGCAGUACCUGCCUCACCUGGCUCGCCUGUGCCUCAUCAGCACUUUCCUGGAGGACGGCAUCCGCAUGUGGUUCCAGUGGAAUGAGCAGAGGGACUACAUCGAGGCCACGUGGGGCUGCGGCUACUUCCUGGCCACCUGCUUCGUGCUCAUUAACCUCUUAGGACAGCUGGGUGGUUGUGUCCUUAUCCUCAGUAGAAAUUUUGUACAGUAUGCUUGCUUUGGCUUAUUUGGCAUCAUCGCACUACAGACUGUUGCCUACAGCAUCUUAUGGGACUUGAAGUUUUUGAUGAGGAACCUGGCCCUGGGUGGAGGGUUGCUGCUGCUAUUGGCCGAGUCGCGGUCGGAGGGGAAGAGCAUGUUCGCCGGCGUGCCCUCCAUGGGCGAGAGCUCCCCCAAGCAGUACAUGCAGCUGGGCGGCCGCGUGCUCCUCGUGCUCAUGUUCAUGACCCUGCUGCAUUUUGACUCCAGCUUCUUCUCGAUUCUGCAGAACAUGGUGGGCACGGCCCUCAUCAUCCUGGUGGCCAUUGGCUUCAAAACCAAGCUGGCCGCUCUCACCCUGGUGGUGUGGCUGCUGGCCAUCAACGUCUACUUCAACGCCUUCUGGACGGUGCCUGCCUACAAGCCCAUGCACGACUUCCUCAAGUACGACUUUUUCCAGACCACGUCGGUCAUCGGCGGCCUGCUGCUGGUGGUGGCUCUGGGGCCUGGAGGGGUGUCCAUGGACGAGAAGAAGAAAGAGUGGUGAAAAGGCACUGUGAACCACCUCCACCCAACACCACCACCACCACCACCAUCAUCAACAACAACAACGCCACCCUCCACCUCCCCACACAACCGCUCCGGAGAGACACACAUACAGUACACACACACACACACACACACACACACACACACACACACACACACACACACACACACACACACACACACACACACAGACAGAUCCCAGGAUCCUGUUCUCCUUUGCUCUGCUGUGUCCAGGUCCGUGCACUUGAGUUGCCAGCCACCGUGUUGCACACUCAAAACUUUUGGUUACAGCAUCGGUUCGGUUAACCCAUCCCCCUGCACACGUCAACUUCGGUUAACCCGCCCCCGGCACACAUCAACCACCUCUCUCUCUUUUUCUUUUUUCUUUUUUUUAAAAAAAUAAUAUAGACAUACGUUCAGCCAGAUGAAACACUGGCAUUUUUAUACACGGUUACUUCCUUGCCCACCUCGUCACCAUGGCCGACAACUUAAACAAGACCACUGCAGUCAGAUCCUUUUGCGUUGUGGGUGGUGUUGCAAUGAUCACGUCUUUUGUUGUUGUUGUUGUUGCUGUUGUUGUUGUUGUUGGUUUUUUUUUGCCUUCUGUUGAAUCUGUGAAUUUCUCUGGCACUAAAUGAGUUCCCCCCAAUUGCCCUGAUAGUGGAUGGUGGCUUUUAAUAACACAAGGGGGAAAUGGGACAUUGAUACAUGGUGGUACAUGUUCAUGGCAUAACUUAAAUACAUUUCGUUAAGGGGAAGUAGGGGAAGAAUUGGUGAGCAGUCUUUAUUGGUUGGUUGUCGGUUUUUGUCGACUUACGACGAGAAGUGCACAGCUCUGUUUUGAAGCGCACAGCUCUGUAUUUAAACUGAAGACAAGUUUGUCUCGAGGUUGCUCACCAUAACUGUUCUGAGACUCUGUGCUCAAGUUUGUUUCAUGUUUGUCACGUUUUCUCCAUCUCUCUCUCUGUCUCUCUCUCUCUCUCUCUCUCUCCCUCCUCUACCCCAACCUUCACGUGAGCCCAUUGAUUACCUGUAUCCUAAUGUUUGGCCGUAAUCCAUGUCCACUGAAUGACAGUCAAUGCGUUUGAAGUUAGGGGUCUUUCAGUGAAACACUGCAACGAGUUAGAGUAAAGCAGACUUGAUGCUUACCGUCUGAUCUUUUUUUUUUUUUUUAAUCAGAACUCACUUUUGGACUAUUUGUACUGUGUAUUUUUGGUAAGCACCCUCGCCUAGACAUCAGAUCAAGGUAGGAAAUGGGAGUUUGCAGUUGCAAAAACAAAAUGCCAUAUUUUAUGAAACUGAAAAUGCAGCGGCAAGCCAAACUGGGCAGAUCACCCGUUCAAGCCCGGUUUGGUGUCAUGCUCAGUGUUUUUGCUGUUUAAGAAGAUAAAAUGUACUCAUUAUAUUGAUUUUCAGAAAUUUAUAUUGUAUUUUUGAUUUUCUUUUUUGUGAGAUCAUGGAGGAGAAUUAAAAAAAAGGCAAAAGGAAAACCCA